AUGGCGGAGGUCGAGGCCUCGGAGCAGCGGCUCCUGGAGGCCAAGGGCUUGCCGCGGUCGCGGGCGCAGAGGGGAGAGCACCCGGAGGAGGAGCGGGCGGCGCCCUCCGCCGGCGGCGACGACGCGGACGACGGGGGCGCAGUCGCCAGCGGCGGGCGCAGCACGCCGUCGAGCCACGGGGCGCUGGGCUCGGAUGAGAACGCCGCGGCGCGCCACGCGGAGGAGCGCGUCCGCGCGCGCCGUCGGCGCGAGCUGCGGGACCAGCGCGAGUGCGAGCGUCGCCAAGCAGAGGAGAGGCAGGCACGCCACGAGGAGGCCGACGCCAAGGCGCGGGAGCUCGCCAGGCUCGCCAAGGAGCGGGUCAACGAACGCCUGCGCGAGGAAAAGGCCCGCGAGAAGCAGGACCGCUCCGACGGCGAGCGCCAGCGCGACGCCCUGCAGCAGCGCGCGAGGCAGGCGGCGGAGGAGCUGCCCCAGCAGGCGCUCCGCCGCGUGGCCGAGCGCGAGAAGGCUGAGCGCGCCCGGCGGCAGGAGAGCCUCGAGGCCGAGGAGGAGGCGCGGGCGCACCUGCACGUCGAGAGGGAGGCCGCGGCGGAGCAGCUGCGGGAGAGGACGCGGCAGCGCAUGCAGCAGCGCACGCGCGAGGCCCGGGAGCGGCAGCUGGCCGAGGAGGAGGUGCUGCGGCGCCGUCUGGCCGAGGAGGAGGAGGCUGCCAGACGAGAGCAGGAGGUGGCCGCGCUCAGCCAGCAGCGCGCCCGCGCCCGGGCCGCGGCCUUCCAGCGGCGGCACCGCCUGGAGGAGGAGGAGCAGGCUCGCCUGGAACAGGAGGCGCUCGAGCUCGAGGCCGGGCGCGCGGAGCUGGCGAAGCGGGAGCGGCGGCUCCGCCGCCGAUGGCGCGAGGAGGACCCCAGCGGCGGCAGCGAGGGCGGCGGCACGCCGGGGUCUGGCACCCCCGCCGCGCCGGCGCCGCAGCCCGCGCGGCAGCACGACGCCGCGACGCCCAGCGCCUCGUCGGCGAGCCCGAGGGGGCCAGCGCCGCGCCGGUCCAGCGCGCGCCGCCGCGCCAGCCGUGGGCGGCCGCGGCCGCCGGGGCGUCUCGCCGCCGGCGGCAGAGUCAGAGGACGCCGACACCGUCGGGUUCACCGUCGGCUUCUUCGGCAUCGGUGCCGAUGGCGGCCUCCCGGGCGACGACGAGGACGCACCCGAGAUCAGAGCCACCCAUAG